UUUUCUGACAUUGGGACUUUUGCCGUCCUGGUUAUAGAAAAGAGACAACAGGCGCUGGGAAUGAGGUCUUGUUAAGCUUUCUGUGCGCGUCUUUAAUAUCGGCGGCUCCCAAUUUUGUGAACCGCGGCUGGAAUUCCACUUGCUGGCAAGCAAUAUCUUACCGAUGUACAAAAUAGCUCUACUUUUAUCUAAGUUAUUUUUUUAGAGGAAAGUCCAAAAUGAAAAAAGAAACUUUCUCAACGCCCAUGAAAUUUAAAAUUUUUUUUUAUCUUUUUACCGAAAAGUAUGUAUUUAAAUGCAGACUUUUUCAGUGCAUCAAAAUAUACGUUCACUUUUUUCUUUCGAGUGGCAAUAUAUUUUUUAGAAAGUGGUUUAUUUAGAAUUUUUCUGUGUUGGAAUUUUUAUCUUCCGAAAUACCGCCUCGUGAAAAUUUUAUAUUCCGGCUAAUUUCUUUUAAACCUUCACGGCUUUAGCAAAACUGCUCAUAUCGUAUUACACAGAAGAGGCUGUGCACGUAGUUCGAAAAUAAAAUGUAGAUUAUAAAAUAUUUUGACGAGUGAUUACAGAAUUACCAAGGUGUGUCCGAAUAUUGACGUGUAUUAAGACGUUGACGUUUUGUUUACUUUUCCUAUUGUUUGUUUCAACAAAUUCAAAUAGUGCAACUGUGUUUAUAGCCGUGACCGAAACCCGGAAUGAAAUUUUAAAACAUAUAAAUACAAGGUCAUUUGAAGUUCAAGUAUUUAAGUUCUUUCGAGUAAAAUAUAACGUUGAACAUAGUUCAAACAUUUUUUGGAGUUUGCAGUUUUGGAAUUUCUUGCGGAAGGAUUUCAAAAAUGCGUGUUUGGGUUGUGAUUUGCUUAUUCUUGGUGGUAGCAGUGUGCACAGCUGAUGCUUGGUGGAGUGGUGGCAGCCGCAGAAGUUCAUCGAGUAGAUCUGGAUCGCGGUCGAGCAAUAGAUCAAGGUCUAAUAUUGGAUAUCGGUUCAGCAGUAGAUCAAGAUAUAGCACUGGAUAUCGGUCAUCACGAAAAAAAAGUACCGUUGUAAAGAAAGGACCAUUUUUAAGUAUCAGACCACGUGACAAAACAGGGCAUCGAACAGGUCUUGGAACACUUGCAAAGAGUCUUGUGAAGAACCCCAUAAAAACUGUAGCAGCGAUUGGAGCAUUUGGAAAAAGUUACCUUGACAUGAGAAAAGCAAAUCGCAAAGGUGGUAAUUUAGCUGCACAUGAGAAAGCUAACUAUGAUGCUACGAAGAUAGCUGGUUCAAAAGUUUCAAGUGCUAUCAGCGCUGCUCGUGAGCAAUACAAAAGGUUUCGAAUCAAAACAAACCCAGAUGGAUCGAAGCAUUACGGUGACACUCGAACGCAGAAAGAAAUCAAGGACACAAUGGAUGCGAACAAGAGAGGUCGUGAUAAUGCCAAGGGAUAAAAUUUUACAAAACUUAUUGAUCCAUUUUCUUUGUAUACUUUGUUUAAUCGAACCUCUUUGUGACUGAGAAAAAUUGUUAGACUUAGGGUGGCUCCCGUAGAAAAAAUUUCUGAAAUUCAAGAAUUGUCAUUUAGCUGUUUUCUAACAGCAAAUUCAUCUUAGAACACCGUGUGGCAAUAGUGCUUAUGAAAAAUUUAGGUUUUUAUUACGCAGUCUGCCACUUUUCCGCAACCGCAAAUAUUUUGCUUAUACUUCUUCAGCAACGGGUAACCAUGGAAACCAAUCAAAGAAAUUUUGACUUAAUUUUGUCGUACCGUCACAUACUGUAAUAUCCUGAUCAAUGAAUGUAGGUGUCAUAUAUUAUUGAUUUGCAUGUAGGUGCACAUGUAUUGUUGAUUUCUAUGGCGAAAAUAUAAUUGACGUGUAAAA